AUGACUAAAGGCAAGAAAACCAUAGGGCGACAAAGGAUAGAAAUCAAGGAAUUAGACGACCGAAGCAAGCAACAAGUAACCUUCUCAAAACGCCGUACUGGGCUGUUCAAGAAAGCGAGCGAGCUUUGUGUUUUGUGUGGUGCUGAAGUUGCUGUAUUUGUGGUCUCUCAGAAGAAGAACAUGUACAGCUUUGGCCACCCUAAUGUUGAAACCAUCCUCGAACGCUACCUCGAUGGGAAGACCAUGUCAGACUCAUCAUCCUCGUCCCAAGAACUUGUGCCUGUGGAUGAGUUCAACAGGCAAUAUUAUCAGCUUCAGAAGGAGUUGGAAAAGGAAAAGAUGCAUUUAGGGGAAAUCGAGGAGAUGAAUAAGAAGAUGAAGAACACUAAUGUUGGGUUCUGGUGGGAUGAGCCAUUUGAUGAGAAUAUGGGGUUGGAGGAGAUGGAGCAAUAUAUGAAGGCUUUGCAAGAGGUGCGAAGGAAAGUGGGGGCCAGAAUUGAAGAGUUUAGAAUGCCAAGAACAUCUCUGAUGCAGCCAAUGAAUAUGCCUAUGGGUUUGGGGAACGAUUUUGUUAAUGUUAAUAGUUGGGAAAGCAAUGCUUGUGGAGGUUUUGUGUGUUGGAAUAAUAUGUAA